GGAGAUACGCUGCUGUUUCUUGUGUUAAAAUUUGUCAAAUUAAGUGUUUUUAAUUAUCUUUAAAAGUAAAAAGAAAACUGUUGUUUUUUUCGCAAUGAGUCUGUGGACUAACGGCUCCUCCGCGGAUCUUUACCCCGGGACCGAGCCGCUGCUGCCGGGCUCCAACUCCUCCUCCAACCGCUCCGACGGCCCGCAGCCCCCGCUGGACCUGAGCCGGGCGGUGCCGGUGGGCAUGGUGCUGGCCUUCUUCAUCAUGUUCGCCAUCGUGGGGAACAUCCUGGUGAUCCUGUCGGUGGUCUGUAACCGACACCUGCGGAUCCCCACCAACUACUUCAUCAUCAACCUGGCCAUCGCCGACCUGCUGCUGGGGACCACCGUGCUGCCCGUGUCCGCCACCCUGGAGGUUCUGGAUUACUGGGUGUUUGGUCGGAUCUUCUGUGACAUCUGGGCGGCGGUGGACGUCCUGUGCUGCACGGCGUCCAUCAUGUCUCUGUGCGUCAUCUCCAUCGACCGCUACAUCGGCGUCCGCUACCCGCUGCAGUACCCGAUGAUCGUGACCGAGAAGCGGGCGCUGCUCGCCAUGCUGGGCGUCUGGAUCCUCUCCAUCGUCAUCUCCAUCGGCCCGCUGCUGGGCUGGAAGCAGCCGCCCUCACAGGACGACACGGUCUGUCUCAUCACCGAGGAACCGUUCUACGCCCUGUUCUCGUCGCUCGGUUCCUUCUACAUCCCGCUGGCCGUCAUCCUCGCCAUGUACUUCCGCGUCUACAUCGUGGCCAAACGCACCACCAAGAACCUGGAGGCCGGCGUGAUGAAGGAGCGCCAGCAGGACUCCGAGCUCACCCUGAGGAUCCACUGCAGGAACCAGCACGAACUGUGCCCCGCCCCCAAGGCCGGAGGGGGCGGUGCCUCGGCUGCACGCAGCACUCUCACCGUGAAGCUGCUCAAGUUCUCCAGAGAGAAGAAGGCAGCCAAGACGCUGGGCGUGGUCGUCGGCAUGUUCAUCCUGUGCUGGCUGCCGUUCUUCCUGGCUCUGCCCAUCGGUACGUUCACUGUCCAAUCCGCUACGGCGGCCCUGAAUACUCAACGCGCUGCAGGUUUAAAAACCACCAUCAUGAGUUUGACCACACACAACUUCAAAAAACACAAAAAACUCACCGCAGGAGGCUCCAAACAUAAACUACUGCAACACUGA